AUGUCCAUGAAAGUUAAGAUUAGAUCGUUUUUUGGGUCCUCAAGACAAUACGUUGUUACUGGGGCAUCUAGCAAUCCCUCCAAGUUUGGUUUUAAGAUCUUGCUGUGGUACAUAAGCCACGACUUGCCAGUUGUGCCUAUUAAUCCCAAGUCUAAGGAAAUAUUAGGACAGGAGGUUGUUCCAUCAAUUAUUCCGGCUGUGGAAGCUAUAAAAGGCAAGAAGGAUUUGGGAUCCCAUAAGCUUGCAAAUGCAGACGGAUUGAGUAUUUCAUUUUUGACCCCGCCAAACAUUACUGUUGCAACAUUACAAGAAAUUGCAAGCGUUGAAGGGUAUCAAAAUGUGAUCAAGGGCUUGUGGUUUCAACCUGGUAGUUACGAUGGAACAGUGAUUGAAGAGGCUAAGAAGAUUGGCUUAUUUGACAUUGUAGUAUUCGAGGAUGAAUGUAUAUUAGUCAGAGGUGAAGAAGGAUUAUAUAGCGCUAAUUUAUAG